GACCAUGGAUGGCAGCUUUAGUGAAACCUCGAGGAAAACGAGUCAAGUGGAGACUGUCGUGAUUGAAAUAACUUUAGGUCAAACUUUGUAAAAAUAAAAAAAUUUUCAGCGAAUUUUUGUCACGGGAUGAUUUAAGAGUGGAGUUACAUUGUAGUCGAUAACAGAAUAAAAACAUCAAAGUGAAGGAUGAAAUUGAAACGAGCCAAAUGAACCGGACGAGGCUCUUAAUUCUUUAUUGUUAUCAUUCGUUUAAUUGUGACGGAAACAAAUCCAUGAAAGUGAAAGAAAUUAGUCCAAUUAAUCGCUUCCAGUGCGACAAAUCGGGGUAUUAGAUAAUUGAUUCAUGUCAACGACACCGGGAUCCCCACAUCCACAAAUACAAAACUCAAUUAGGGUAUGACGAAGUACUAUCUAAUGUUACUUUGCUGUCUCUACACCCUUGUUGAUAUGGCGUCAUUACAUUUUUCCGAGAAAAUAUGUGAACCGGUACUUUCCACGGAGGUUGAAGGGUGGCAUAUUAAAGUCGAUAGUCUAUCGUCUCGCACGAUUCGACUCUCCGCAAGAAAGCGCGGGUACAGGUUUUUUCCGAAGAUCGAAAGGGGAGAGGACUUGGAGGAGUUUGGCGGCAGAAAGGAGGCCUCCUUAUCAUUGAGAGAUAUUCUGCCUUUGAAUCCAAAGCAGUAUGACAAGCAUAGAGCUCCAAAGUUCUUUGGGCAACCUACCAUCGUUUAUUUCCACGUCACUGUCCUCAGCAUUGAUUCGAUAAAUGAAGAAUCCAUGACUUAUGUGGCUGAUAUAUUCCUUGCUCAAAGUUGGCGAGACUCAAGGCUAAGACUACCAGAGAAUAUGUCUGAAGACUACAGAAUACUCGAUGUCGAUUGGCUGCACAACAUAUGGAGGCCUGAUUGCUUCUUUAAGAAUGCCAAAAAAGUCACCUUCCACGAGAUGUCAAUACCCAAUCAUUAUCUUUGGCUUUAUCAUGACAAAACUUUGCUUUACAUGUCUAAACUAACACUGGUUCUUUCAUGCGCAAUGAAGUUUGAAUCGUAUCCUCACGAUACCCAGAUUUGUUCAAUGAUGAUAGAGAGCUUGUCGCACACGACCCAGGAUUUAAUUUUCAUUUGGAACAUGACGGAUCCAUUGGUAGUCAAUCCUGAAAUUGAACUGCCACAGCUCGACAUCUCCAACAACUAUACGACGGAUUGCACAAUCGAAUACUCAACUGGGAAUUUUACUUGCAUCCAAAUUGUUUUUAACUUACGGCGUAGACUUGGUUAUCACCUCUUCCACACAUACAUCCCCUCAGCUCUCAUUGUUGUCAUGUCCUGGAUAGCAUUCUGGAUAAAGCCUGAAGCAAUUCCAGCUCGGGUUACCCUCGGAGUCACGUCGCUUCUUACCUUAGCAACACAAAAUACUCAAUCUCAACAAUCAUUACCUCCAGUAUCUUAUGUAAAAGCCAUUGAUGUGUGGAUGUCAUCCUGUAGUGUUUUCGUCUUUCUAUCUCUCAUGGAAUUUGCUGUUGUGAAUAAUUACAUGGGCCCUGUUGCAACGAAAGCAAUGAAAGGAUAUUCGGAUGAGGAUCUUGGAGAAUCAAUUGAUGAAUUUAAAACACCAAUGAGACCUGGUUCGAGAAACAGGAGUCCAAUGAGACCACUUACCGUUCAGUACGAUACUUGUUGUCAUGGUCGAGCAACAGCUAUUUACAUAGACAAAUUUUCUAGAUUUUUUUUCCCUUUUUCUUUCUUCAUUCUCAACGUCGUCUACUGGAGUACUUUCCUUUAAUUAUUUUUAUCUUAAAUAUAAAAUUCGCAUUUAAUAACUCAAUUUAAAUGACAAGAGGUACAAUAAAUUAAGCUUUGGUGAGUUUUAUAGAGUUGUUGCUUACAAUUUACUCAGAAACAAUCGUAUAAUUAAUUAUUAUCACGUGAGCUGUAGAAAUAUAAUAAUAAUUUAAAUUAAUAAAAAAUAAACAUAAAAAAGUUUGAUUACCAAAAAUCAUUUUAUAUUAAUCUUUUUCAACUACUCUAUUCAAAGAUUUUUUUUAAUAAUUUAAAUAUGAGAAAAACAAGUGUGUUAAUCAAAGUGGAAAAUAAUAGCUAUUAAACAGAAAUAAAUAAAUCUUAUAAUUUAUUUUAAUAUAUUCAUCUUAUCGUUCUACAUUUGAUCUUUAUAAAUGUGUAAAGUAAGCUUAGUACGUGCUUAAAAUGGUCUUAACCUGUGCUUGACACGUUUUCAUUGAAUAAAAUUAAAACAUAAUAGUCUUAACUUACCGAU